AUGCAGUACUCACAGCCCCAGCUGCAGCCUCCACCUUCUUACCAUUUCUCCUCUGUCCCUGAUGCUGCCGUUGGUGGCCCCUUGAUGGCCCCUGCUGCUGUAGACUUCUCUCAGCUGCAGCAGCAGCAGCAGCAGCAGCUGCAGCAACAACUGCAGCAACAGCAACAGCAGCCACUAGCCCUACCAUUCGAUUCAAGUUUUGCUCUUCAGGGGGCCCCUGGUGGGGGCCCCCUCCCUGAUGAUGCCUUUGCCUCAUCAUACCCACCAUCAGCAGCAGCAGCAGCAGCAGCAGCAACAGCAGCAGAUGCAUCCCCUGCAAUGGUUGGUGCUGCUGCUGCUGCUCCUCCUCCUGUUCUAUCCGAAGCAGAAGUUGAGGUGUAUGCGCAGCUAUGGAGAGAAGCAUUAGGUCUAGAUGGACCAUUGGACCAGUCAGCAGCAGGACAGCAGCAGCAGCAGCAGCAGCAAUAUCUUAAUGGUGCUGCUGCUGCUGCCUUCUUAGAGAGAAGCGGACUGCCACAGGAGACACUGCAUGCAAUCUGGGGAUUAGCAGACACAGCUAAUGAGGGAAGGUUAGAUGCUGCUGCCUUUGCUCGUGCUUGCCGUAUGGUUGCCUACGCACAACAUGAUCUAAAUAUACAACUUGCAUGCGCACCAGAUGCUGCACCUCCCCCUGCACUACCAAACUUUAAUGUUGCCCCCUCUUGGAGAUCUGCCGAGCCACCAAGCCGUAAGCAACUCCGCCAACGCAUGCAGCAGCAGCAGCAGCAACAGCAGCAACAACAGCAGCAGCAACAGCAACAGCAACAGGUAAUGUAUGUGUAUGUGUAUGUGUAUAUGUAUGCAGCAUUUUUAUCAAGUGCUGCUGCUGCUGCUGCAGUAUCUUAUGCACCAACAGCAGAGGAGCUGCAGCAAUAUAUAUCUUUAUUUGCUGCAGCAGAUAAGGAAGGAAAAGGAAUAUUAACAGGAGAAGAAUUAAGACCUUUAUUUGCUUCUGCAUGUCUUCCUGCUGCUGAUCUUGCUGCAGCAUGGGCAGCAGCAGACACAGAUGCUGAUGGAUCCCUUUCUUCUUAUGAAUUUGCUGCUGCUAUGUCUCUUGCUGCUAAAAGGAGACAGGGGGCCCCUAUACCUUUGCUGCUGCCACCAGAGCUGCAGCCGCAUGUGCUGCAGCAGCAAUAUAAGAGACUACAGCAGCAGCAGCAACAACAGCAGCAGCAGCAGCAAAUACAGCAGCAACAGCAGCAGAAUGCGCUGACGGAUUGGGGUUCGGGGUUUGACGCCUUUGGGAGUUCUGUGGAUGCAGCAGCAGCAGCGACAACUGCAGCAGCAGCAGCAGAAGCAGCAGCAGCAGCAGCUGAUGUAACAGGAGAAGGAGAAGCAGAUAGCAGCAGCAGCAGCACAGCAGCAAACAGAGACAGCAGCAGAAGAAAGUCCCGCAGCACUUCCCCUCGCAGUAGCAGCAAAACAAAAAGUAAAGGAAGAGCACGCAGCAGCAGCAGCAACGAGGAUACAGCAGCAGCAGCAGAUAAACGAGGUGGCCGCAGCAGCAGCAGCAGCAAACGCAAAGAUCAGAGACACAAGAAGCAGCAGCAGCAGCAGCAGCAGCAAGGAGAUGCAGAUAACGCUGAGCUAAAUACCUCGUGGAGUAUAGAGGGGGAUUGGCUAUCCUCUGACGAAGACCAACACAGCAGCACAGGAGAGCAGCAGCAGCAGCAGCACGAGAUGCUGCAGCACAAACAACAGCAGCAGCAGCAGAAGCGUAGGCAGCAGCAGAAGGAGCAGCAGCUGCUGCUGCAGCAGCGGCACGAAAGCUUUGACGACCUCGAUGCUGAUGAUCGAUUCUCCCUUGACUUACCUUCUUCGUUGCUGCAGCAGCAGCAGCAGCAGCAACUGCUGCAGCAGCAACGCAGACAGCUGCAGCAGCAGCAGCAACAACAAGCAAGAAAUGGCCUCUCUGAGGGAGGAAGAGAAACAGCAAACUCAGCAGUAGCGCUGCUAGAAAGUGUCGUCGAGUGCGACAAACGUUUAGCAACAUUAAUGGGUGUAGAGGUAGAUCUUGCUGCUGAUGAGUUGCUGCAGCUAAGGUCUGUUGCUGCUGCGCUGCAGCAGCAGCUAGUAACAGAGAAGCAGCAGCUAGCAGCAGCAAUUGAUCGACGCAAAGAGUUUGAAGUUUUGCUGCAGAGGGAGAGAAAUAAAUUACAUAAAUUACAGGAAGCAAGGAGAGAACAGCAAGUUGCUGCAGCAGAAGCAGAUCUUAGAUCUCUUGCUGAUGCUGCUGAUGGUACACGCAUGCAGCAGCAGCAGCAGCAGCAACAUCUAGAGGCUCUUGAUGCAGAGAGAAGAGGAGCAUUAGAAACCCUAAAGGCAGAGAAAGAUCUCCUCGCUAAGGAGGAGAGGGAAAUCGAGGAAUUAAAGUUGCUGCUGCAACGGCUGCGGCGGGAGAAGGCAGACAGCCAAUCACAGCAUGCGGUGCUGCAGGAGAAGCUGCGCCAGACGGAGCACGACGUGCUGCUGCAGCGAUCUGCCUUAGACUCAACGCAUGCAGAGACAAUCACUACGCUGCAGCAGCGAGUGCAGCAGCAGCAGCAAAAGCAGAAACUUGUUGCAGAGCUUAACCAACAUACCCAGGAGACAUGGGCAGCACAGCGUCUGCAGCAUGCAUUAGAUGGACCAAACUCCUUCAUGUCUCGUCGCGCACUGCAGCAGCAGCAGCAGCAGCACUGGGCAUCACGGAUAUACCCCAUCUAA